AUGGACCACCUUGCCUUGUCGCUCCUAGAAUUUCCGCCGCCGAGCGGCACCUACGAUGAUGCGAUAUACCACAAGGCAGCAAAGGCGCACUGCCAGAAAGUGGAGAAGCUGAUGACCUCGUCCAGCUUCAAGGACUUUGCUCCUCGACUUCUAGAUCAUGUCCAUCCAGAAUACCACUCCAUCUCGUACCUAAGUCUGCUGAUCGCCAUCAAAAACGCCGGCAACCUGCCUCUCGGUGACCUCCUGGCCAAGAUUACAGUUUUCCUCAAUACAUUCGACAGCAUCCAGGUCCGAUAUGCUGGGAAGAUGUUCACCACCGUUCUCGAAUGGCUCAGCAGUGGGACUCUGUUUCCGGCUUCUGUUGCAGCCGAACUUCUUGCAACUGCACUGCUCAAGCUCGACCCUUGGGGCUCGGUACUCACCUCGCACCAUGUCGCUAUGGUCAAGCUCGCAUAUACCACCGACGACAUCCAACCCAUACUGCCCGUUAUCGAAAAGGACAUCGUAUUCUACCCUGGCAUGAAGGGGUCGAACGAGACACGGCCUUUGUGCGACGAGAAUGUGCCGCCGCCGGCGUACCUAACAGUCGAGUCCGGCCUGACAAGACAGCUCAGCAGCAACGAUGUGCUUCAAUACGAUUUCCUUCGUGGGUUGUGCUUCAUACAGCGGCAGUCAUGGAAGCAAGCAUUUGACGCUCUGGAGCGCGUCAUCACAUAUCCGACCAGAGAACACACGGCGUGCAGCAAGAUCAUGGUGGAGGCGCACAACAAGUGGAUUCUCGUAGGGUUGUUGCUCAACGGCAAGGCGCCCGCCCUGCCAGCGACCACGGCUUUGGGGCCCCAGAAGGUGUAUUCGUCGUUGAGCAAACCUUACCAGUCUAUUGCCCGAGCGUUCGAGGAGAACACAGCCACCACGCUCAAGGGCGAGUUCGAGGCGUUGGGGGCCCAGUUUUGGGCCGAGGAGAAUAACCUGAACCUGAUGCGUUUGGUGCUGCAGCACUACCAGCGCUGGCAGAUCUUGCGACUACGGGGGGUGUACACCAAGAUAUCGCUCGAACAGAUACGGCAGCGGACCCAGAAUGCCGAGACGGCCGCGCCUCUACAGAGUGAAGCGGAGAUUGAGGAAAUUGUUCAGAGCAUGAUCGACAAUGGCAUGCUGACUGGUGUGAUUGAGCGGCCGGAGAACGGUGACCCCAGGUAUCUCACCUUCCUCGACGGAGCUGAGGAGCCUUCCGAAGCAGAGUUUGCUAGGAAGAUGGUACGCACUGCGCAGCGUCUUGAGGGUCUUGGCCACCUCAUCAAGACGACCAACGAGCGGCUUGGCACGAGCCGCGACUACAUACGGUUCCUCGUCAACCAGCAGAAGAAGGAGAAAGACGCUGGGGCCCGCGAUUACAAUCUUGCCUUUAUAAACCAGGUUGAAGAUGAGGAUUUGAUGACGGGCGUUAUGGCAGGUUACUGA